UAGUCUCUCCUGCUCACUUUCAGGUACAGACAGACAAAUUAAAUUUUGACCGCUUCAUCAUUUUUCGUGCCCGUUUUCAGUUUGAAAUUUAGUUCAAAAUGGUGCCGUGGCCGGAGGACGAACUCAAACGAUUUCCCCUUGAUUAUUUUGGCCCCGUACAGACGCAUGGAUUUGUAUUCGGGGACCAAGCGCAAGGAGCGCAAGGGAACGUCGUUCACAUUCCGAGGACAGAGCUGGGCCGAGGCGUGUUCGGCACAGUCCGCCCAGCCAGAAUGCGUACAUGUAACGAUGACACAAUGGUUGCAAAGACGUUCGAACGCCACCCUAACUCGGAUGAUAGGGCAGCGGCAGUGUGCAAUGAGUACAAUAUCUCAUGUAUGCUGAAGCACGAGAACAUUGUUGCAUGUUUCGGUGCCAUGCUAUCGACGGUAUCCCCGGUAUUGUACUUCGAGCGGGUGGAUGGCACCAAUCUGGCACAGCACUUCACGCACGAAACCUCAGGGGGGAGAUAUUACUGCGAAGAUAAGCUACGCAGGAUUUUCACGAAUCUUCUGGAAGCGUUUCAUUAUCUACAAACAGCACGCAUAGUGCAUCUGGAUUUAAAAGCCCAAAACGUCAUGAUCAAAACGAACGGUCCGGCCAAACUCAUCGACUUCGGGUGCGCUCGUAGCUUCGCUGAAGGCAAGCCAAUGGUGAUCCGACCUGACAUGCACACUCAUCCGCCAGAAAUUAACCUGGAAUCUAUGGGUGGCGUGGAUCAAAAGGCUGACAUAUUCUUUUGCGGUUCGCUGCUUUACAGUUUGGCCACGAAAGACUUUUACCCGUUCGGCAUGGUCCAUGGCAUGACCGUGGAAAAGCAAGACAUACAGCUCCGCGGGAAGGUAAAAAAGCGUUAUAUAGGCUAUUCCAGGUUAUCACAGGAGUUGAAAACCCUGAUCGACGACAUGACCGCCUAUGAUCCAAGGCAACGGCCAGAUGCUGCUUACUGCCUGCAGAAUCCCUGGUUCAUGAGAUCCCCCAGGUAUCAGGAACCAGAUCUAAGGAACCAUCAGGACCGCCAGUAUCCACGGACUGCGGCAGAACUUGACGACGCUCUCUUGACACAGAUGGCGCAAUGUCUGCAGGUUAGCAAAUGCGGGUUGACUGGCAUCAUUCUGAGGAACAGGGCCUCGUGGGAGGCAAUCGCCUAUCAAGCCAAUCUCCACAGGAAGAAUAAUCCAAUCGCUGCCGCAUCUGCUUCCGCCGCAUCUUCACCCGCUGCAUCUACAUCCGCUGCGUCUGCUUCAUUGGCGCCACGAAGAUGAAUAUGCUGGUGACUAACAUGCACGCAGCCGAACAUGAAAAUGAUUGAUUUAAGAAAAGAAGAUAAUUAUAAUGGAGACUUGGAACGACGACGUGCGCUUUGUACUGAUUAGAGCAUAUGUAAUAAUCAAUAAUAAUAAUAAUAAUUGUACAAGAGAAAAGGACAUAUGGAUACGAGUUAAGACUAACUCUCCAUCACUGUAACAUGAUACUAUAUACGGUCAGAAAGUCUUCUACAUUUAUUUAUGGAUCAACAUCCGAGUUUCAAAUAAUAAUA